AUGGCAGGCGCAAUGGCGGUCCAGGAAUUGAGCCAUGGCUGGCAGUUCAAGCAGACUGACACAGAAGAAUGGCUGCCUGUUGCGAAAGUGCCUACGAAUGUGCAUUUGGAUCUGAUGGACAAUAAGAAAAUCGAAGACCCGUUCCUAGGUUUCAACGAACUGAAGUGCGAAUGGGCGGGCGAGAAGUCGUGGACAUACAAGGUUGAACUACCCUCAACCUCAGCAUCGAAGGAAGGUACAAAGCAUGUCUUAGCGUUCGACGGCCUAGAUACUUUCGCCAACGUCAAGCUCAACAGCCAUACCAUUCUGGAAAGCGACAACAUGUGGCACAUCCACCGCGUUGACAUCACAGACAAGCUUCAGCACAACAAGGCGAACUACCUCGAGAUUGACUUCAAGCCAGCUUUGUUCGAAGCGAGGAAGAUCAAGGAUGCACAUCCUGAGCAUAGAUGGGUCGGCUUCAACGGUGAUAUGGCUAGGCUGGCUGUGCGGAAAGCACAAUACCAUUGGGGCUGGGAUUGGGGCCCUGUGCUCAUGACUUGUGGGCCUUGGCGCGCUGUGCGGCUUGAGACAUAUCAGGCGAGGGUGGAGGAUUUGAGAGUGGACUAUGAGGUGGACAGCAGCUUCAAGAAGGUUAGCGGCACAAUCACGGCCACUGUGGAAGGAAGCUCGGCCAAGCAAGUACAUUUCUCGGCAAGCUUAGCCGACUCGGAAGUCUUCAAAGGCACAGCAGAUGUUGCAAGCGAUGGCACCGCAAAAGUUGAAUUCCACGUCAAUGAGCCAAAGCUUUGGUACCCAUACGGCUACGGCGACCAACCCCUCUACACGGUCACUGCGACGGUCUCAUCUGGCGAACACGAUCUGCACACCAUAUCAAGAAGGACUGGCUUCCGCAAAGGCGAGCUCAUACAAGAACCCGACGAAGUAGGAAAGACAUUCUUUUUCCGGAUCAACGGCAUCGAUGUCUUCUGCGGCGGCUCCGAUUGGAUCCCCGCCGACAGCUUCACGCCCCGAAUUACAGAGUCAAAGUAUAGAAAGUGGCUAGAAAUGAUGGUAGAUGGCUACCAAAUCAUGAUCCGAAUCUGGGGUGGCGGAAUCUGGGAGGAAGAUAUCUUCUACGACCUCUGCGACGAGUUGGGGGUGCUGGUUUGGCAGGAUUUCAUGUUCGGGUGCGGAAAUUACCCUGCGUACGAGGAGAUUAGGAAGAGUAUUGAGAUCGAGGGUAUAUGUCAGGUGAAGCGGAUUCGACAUCAUCCGAGUUUGGUGAUCUUUGCCGGGAAUAACGAGGACUAUCAAGUUCAGGAGCAGUAUCAUUUGACGUAUGAUUAUGAGGAUCAGGAGCCGGGCAAUUGGUUGAAGACGGAUUUCCCAGCGAGGUACAUUUAUGAGAAGCUUCUACCAGAUAUCGUUGCCGCCCACUCGCCACACAUACCUUACCAUCCCGGUUCACCCUGGGGCGACGGCUUGAUCUCCUCGAACACCACGGUAGGUGAUAUGCACCAAUGGAACGUCUGGCAUGGUACGCAAGAGAAAUACCAGAUCUUCGACACACUUGGCGGCCGCUUUAACAGCGAAUUUGGCAUGGAAGCGUUUCCUCAUAUCGAUACCAUCAAGGCUUAUGUUACUGAUCCGAAGGAAUUAUAUCCGCAAAGUCAUAUGCUCGACUUCCAUAAUAAAGCGGAUGGCCACGAGCGACGAAUAGCAACUUACCUGGUCGAGAACUUCCGGACGCGAACAGAUCUGGAAGGCUUCAUCCACCUCACGCAGCUCAGCCAGGCAGAGGCCUUGAUGUUCGGCUAUCGUGGCUGGAGAAAACAAUGGGGCCAGCAGAGAUUCUGUGGUGGUGCGCUGGUUUGGCAGCUCAAUGAUUGCUGGCCUGUGACUUCGUGGUCGAUCGUGGAUUAUUAUCUGAGGAAGAAGCCGGCGUAUUAUGCUAUGCGAAGAGUCCUGGCGCCGGUUGCGGUAGCGGUCAAGAGAGAUCAUCAUGAUUGGAGUGUUGUGCAUGCGCGGCCGGCGAAAGAAAGCCGUUGGGAGUGCUGGGUGGUGUGUUCUCAUGUGGAGAAGGAAGUGAAGGCGACAGUGGAAUUGAGGUUUGUUAGCAUUGCUACGGGCAGAGAUAUCCAGGAGAAGGUUGUGAAGAAGGAUGUCGAGCUUAUUUCGAACGGGACAACGGGUAUUUUGAAAGGAACCAUUGAUCAUACGACUACGGAACCUCAUGUCCUAGCGGCGAGAAUAUGGAUUGAUGGCGUCGUGGUUUCAAGGGAUGUUGACUGGCCGCAGCCGCUUAAAUACCUGGACUUCGAGGACCGAGGAGUUUCAGUACGACAUGAGGGCGACAAAAUACAUAUCAAGGCGGAGAAGCCGACAAAGGGUUUGGUAUUUGAGGAGAGGGAAGGUGUGCUAGUGGAUGAUAGUGCCAUUGAUAUUGUGCCUGGUGAUGAGCAGGUGAUUAGGGUGAGGGGGUUAGGAAAGGGAGAGAAAGAGCUUGGGUGGCGGUAUUUGGGGCAGCCUGGGUCGUAG